AUGGCGUCGCUCGGGAAUCCCGCGCCUCUGGGCCUUCUCGCCUUUGGCACGACAACAAACCUACUCAUGUACGUCGAGAUGGGCUGGUGCGAGGUAUCGUUCGAGGAGCAGAUCUUCGGCGUAGCGUUCUUCUACGGCGGUCUCGCGCAGCUGAUUGUUGGCAUCAUGGAGCUGUUCAAAGGGAACUCCUUCGCGUUUGCGGCUUUCGGCACGUAUGGCGCUUAUUGGAUGGCAAAGGUGGUGACCACGGGCUUCUGGAUCUGCACGUUGCAUAAGAACCCUUGCCUCGUCAUCGUCUUUGGCUUGCUCGCCGUCACCUUCUACCUGCUGGCCCUCGCCUCUGCGGGUGUUAUCGCCGCGUCCACUGCCGGCGUGUUUGGCUUCAUCACGGGACUCUCUGCUUGGCGCGCGUACACCGCCUUUGCUGAACUUAUCAACGAGGAGUACGGUGGCCACAUUCUGCCAGGGCUCAAGCCGCUCUGUGGUGCGCCGAGCAAAGGGAAGGGCGGCGGCAUGACCACGAGCAGCGUGUCGGCUUGA